AUGAAAAAUCAAACCACAGUGAAUGAAUUUAUUCUCCUGGGACUUUCCAGUGACCCACAGUUGCAGAUUUUCCUCUUCUCGGUGUUUUUAGUUAUUUACCUAAUCACUCUGGGUGGUAAUAUAGUGAUCAUGGUAGUCAUAAGAGCUGAUUCUCACCUUCACACCCCUAUGCACUUCUUCCUUUUCUGUUUAUCCUUUGUUGAUAUCUGCUCUUCGUCAGUCAUGGUGCAUAACAUGCUGAGGAACUUCCUAGCAGAGCACAAAACUAUUUCUGUCAAUGGCUGCAUUGCUCAGAUAUUCUUCUUCCUCUUCACAGCUGAUGCUGAAGUUCUCAUUCUCUCAGCCAUGGCUUAUGACCGCUACAUGACCAUCUGUGACCCAUUGCAUUAUAUGGAGAGAAUGAGCAAAGGGAUCUGUGUUCUGUUGGUGAGUGGGGCAUGGACCAGAAGCUUCUUUUAUGCCCUUCUUAACACUGUUUUUACUCUCAAGUUGCAUUUCUGUGGCUCCAACCAAAUUCAUCAUUUCAGCUGUGAGCUGCCUCCUCUGUUACAACUGGCCUGCACUGAGACCCUCACCACUCAAGUGGUGCUUCAUACUUCUGUUGUGAUAUUUGGGUCAAGCUCCUUCCUCCUCAUGCUGAUCUCCUACAUUCACAUCAUCUCCACCAUCCUGGGGAUAUGCUCUGCAGAGGGCAGGCGUAAAGCCUUCUCCACUUGCAGCUCCCACCUGAUUCUGGUUGGCUUGUUGUACCUGACAGGUUUUGUCCAGUACAGAAAACCCAGCUCAGUCUCUUCUGUAGUGCCAGAUGAAAUAUUUUCCAUCCAGUACAGUGUCUUGACCCCCAUGUUAAACCCCAUCAUCUACAUCCUGAAAAGCAAGGAGGUGAAAACAGCUCUAAGGAAAAUGUUGGGAAAAUUAAAGUUUCUCAAGUAA